AUGCUAUCCUCUGUGUAGAGUCAACCUCCAUGCUUCUCAGAGAGCUCUGCCUUUCACCAUGAGUAGGUGCCCAUUUUUAGGAAACAAUCUCGGAUACGCUUUUCAAAAACUACCUGUAGAAGGCAGUGAAGAAGACACAUCACAAGGAGGUGUGAACAGAGCCAGCAAAGGGGGGCUUAUCUACGGGAACUACCUGCAUUUGGAAAAAAUUUUGAAUGCACAAGAACUUCAAAGUGAAAUAAAAGGAAAUAAAAUCCAUGAUGAACAUCUUUUUAUCGUAACUCAUCAAGCUUAUGAACUCUGGUUUAAGCAAAUCCUCUGGGAAUUGGAUUCUGUUCGAGAGAUCUUUCAGAAUGGCCACGUCAGGGAUGAAAGGAACAUGCUUAAGGUUGUUACUCGGAUGCACCGAGUGACAGUGAUCCUUAAACUGCUGGUGCAGCAAUUUUCCGUUCUAGAGACGAUGACAGCCUUGGACUUCAAUGACUUCAGAGAGUACUUAUCUCCAGCAUCAGGCUUCCAGAGUUUGCAGUUCCGACUACUAGAGAACAAAAUAGGUGUUCUUCAGAGCUUGAGAGUCCCUUACAAUAGAAGACAUUAUCGGGAUAACUUCAAAGGCGACGAUAACGAACUGCUACUUAAGUCGGAGCAGGAAAAAACACUUCUGCAGCUAGUGGAGGCAUGGCUGGAAAGAACACCAGGUUUAGAACUGCAUGGAUUUAACUUCUGGGGAAAGUUUGAAAAAAAUAUCGCAAAAGGCCUGGAAGAGGAUUUCAUAAGGAUUCAGGCUAAGAAAGAAUCAGAAGAAAAAGAGGAACAGAUAGCUGAGUUUCAGAAACAAAAAGAGGUGCUACUGUCCUUAUUUGAUGAGAAGCGUCAUGACCAUCUCCUUAGUAAAGGUGAAAGACGGCUGUCAUACAGGGCACUUCAGGGAGCACUGAUGAUAUAUUUUUACAGAGAAGAGCCUAGAUUCCAGGUCCCCUUCCAGCUGCUGACUUCUCUUAUGGACAUAGACACUCUCAUGACCAAAUGGAGAUAUAACCAUGUGUGCAUGGUGCACAGAAUGCUGGGCAGCAAAGCUGGCACUGGUGGCUCCUCAGGCUAUCAUUAUCUGCGCUCAACCGUGAGUGACAGGUACAAAGUAUUUGUAGAUUUAUUUAACCUUUCAACAUACAUGGUUCCCCGACACUGGUUGCCGAAGAUGAAUCCAAUCAUUCACAAAUUCCUCUACACAGCGGAAUACUGUGACAGCUCUUACUUCAGCAGUGAUGACUCUGAUUAAGAUCAUCUGCAAAGUUUUUGAAGAAUAUUGAUUUUUAUGUUUUUAUUUUCUAUGUACUUCCAUGAAUACGGAGUCUUAACCUAAUAAAUAUAUAUAUAUAUAUAUAUAUAUAUAUACAUAUAUAUAUAGUUCAUCACCACGAUGUUCUCAGUCAAUUCUGGAAAUAAUUUGAUUACCUCAUACUUGUGAUGAACAGAAGAUUAAGCAUCAAAGUAAGAAAUAAUUUAAAUUGUAACAUUGUACAUAGGCAUUUUCCUAUUAAAAAUUCAAUUUCCUCUGAUACUUACCUUACUGUAACCACUUAAUAUAAUCAUCACCUCAUCGUUUCAGACUUUACAAGCUUGUAAACAUCAGCUACUUCAAAUAUUUUGUGCCACAAAAUGUGUGUAAAGACGUGUAAAGAUGUAUUCAAACAGAAUUUUUCAAAUAAUAAAAAUUAAUCUUUUGCCUUGUGUUGUACGAGCAUGGCUUCUAUUUGUUAGGACUCUUUAUCUGAAGCUUGCUUAGAGGGGAUUUACUGCAGGAUGAAUAACUCACAGGAUUCACAGAAGCAUUGUCUAAAUAGGCUUAAAAGAGAGGAGCACCCAGUUUUUUGAAUACUGGACUCCUGGAACACUGUGAGGAUGCUUUGUCUCAUCUCUUCUCUGCAGGGGUUGCUUUAUUCUUUCAUGUAGUAGUAGAACAGCUCUUUCUUCAGGCUGAGGUCCAGCUUCCAACACCUUCCUACUCACAAAAGGGCAGAGCUUCUUUCCCUCCAG